AUGGCGCCACAAUCGGGGCUGCGCCAUGCAGCCAAGGCAUGGCGCAGCCCGCAAAUGCGCCAUGCCAAGGCAUGGCGCCACAAUCGGGGCUGCGCCAUGCAGCCAAGGCAUGGCGCAGCCCGCAAAGGCGCCAUGCCAAGGCAUGGCGCCACAAUCGGGGCUGCGCCAUGCAGCCAAGGCAUGGCGCAGCCCGCAAAUGCGCCAUGCCAAGGCAUGGCGCCACAAUCGGGGCUGCGCCAUGCAGCCAAGGCAUGGCGCAGCCCGCAAAUGCGCCAUGCCAAGGCAUGGCGCCACAAUCGGGGCUGCGCCAUGCAGCCAAGGCAUGGCGCAGCCCGCAAAUGCGCCAUGCCAAGGCAUGGCGCCACACUCGGGGCUGCGCCAUGCAGCCAAGGCAUGGCGCAGCCCGCCAAUGCGCCAUGCCAAGGCAUGGCGCCACAAUCGGGGCUGCACCAUGCAGCCAAGGCAUGGCGCAGCCCCCAAAUGCGCCAUGCCAAGGCAUGGCGCCACACUCGGGGCUGCGCCAUGCAGCCAAGGCAUGGCGCAGCCCGCAAAUGUGCCAUGCCAAGGCAUGGCGCCACACUCGGGGCUGCGCCAUGCAGCCAAGGCAUGGCGCAGCCCGCAAAUGUGCCAUGCAUGUAG